AUGCUGCAGGACUAUGUGUCCUCGGAAGAAACAUCAUUAACAAUUCAUUGCCACGACCAGACCUUCAAGAAUGUAACUGUUCUUGGAAAAGACGGGCAUCCAAUUUUCAAGGUUGAGGGCACCACCUGGGGUACUUCAUGGAGCUGGCGGCGCAAGCUCAUCGACAGCGCUGGCCACCACGUCUGUGACUUCCGCCACAACAGUUUUGACAUCAAGAACGGCUGGACAGUCGAAGGCCCGAGCGGCCAGAAGAUCGUCUCAUUGGUUCACACAGCUUUCCUGAAGAAGGGACAUGCUGCCGUCACGGCUACGGUGCGCACUACAGCUGGAGAGGAUGUCUCUGUCGAGAUGUCACCGAGAGACCGCGCAGCGCUCUUGGUUACGAUUGAAGUCGGUGGCUCUACAAUUGCAUCGAUUACUAAGAUUGCAGACAAUCGUUAUGUAUUUGGAGACCCGCGGGACCGGAGUGUGUGGAACGUGAACGUUGCUGCGGGAGUCGAUCUCAGCCUGGUCAUGAUAAUGGCGAUGUGUCGUGCAGAGAUGGGACACGUCUGGAAGGAUUAA